CCACUGGUACCUGAAGGAGUUGUAGAAGAAAGGUCUGGUCGACUCAGCAUGACUAAGCUGUAGCAAAUAAACCAUUUACCGUCACAACAACGUUUUCCACCUAGCUGCAAAGGACUGACUGACUCAGUGAUCUUGGAACUCGGGACCGGAGACUGAAGCAACCAAGUCCAUGAUGAUGUUUGUCUUUGCGCUUCUUGUCGUCAGCCUUGUCCACCAUGCAGAGGGCCAGGGCCAGCUGUACCAGGGUGAGGUGCAGGGGAUCCCGUGUCUGUCCUGUGACGCCGACAUUAUAGACGGCGUCCUGGAGGACAACCCGUGUGCCGGCACCCCCAGCGACCUGGACGAUACUGUCAACUGUCCCAUCGGCCAGUUCUGCUAUGUGAUGUAUAAGACUACAGAUCGCGUGCUAACUGACAUCACACGGGGCUGUGAGCAGACGUGCACAGAAACGGACGACUGCAUGCGGGACGCGUCAGGUGACUGCGUGCGCUGCUGUAACGACCGCAACAACAACACCGCCUGCAACACCUGGGUCAUUGACCGAGAGAACAUUCGGUCCGGUGGGGUCAGGGUGGGGGAAGCCGCACUGACCAGUCUGCUGGCUCUUGCCCUGAUGUUUGGGAUUGUGUUUUCUGUUUUGGGCUAAUACAUUUACAUGUACCACUUUUGGAGUUGUACACCAGAUUGCAUUUUCUAGGUUUUGGGAAAGAGAGGUUUAAAGUUCAGAUAAGUCCUGUCUACUGUCAGGCGACACAAUGAUAUUUUGAUUUUUAUCACGGUGUGGUAAAUAUUUUUGACUUUUGCAAUGUUUUGUCCUGUACUUCGGACCCUGAAAUCAGAGGGCCUUGUCUAGUUAUUGGCUGGCUGAUCCAUUGAGUGUCUGAGGGCGCUCUUGCUUCAUCAAGGUAUAUCACAUUAUGCAUCCCUUUGAGUGAUACUUAUGAGUGAACUAACAUAUUCAAACUUCUAUCCUUC